CGUCCCUUCAAAAUGGCUCAUCUAGUCGACAGGAUCUGCUGGGAUGUUCUGACAUCCAAUCUUGUUUUCCAAUCCCAUCCAACAGCCGAUGUAGACGAGGCUACGAAUCUAUACUUCCGCUUCAGGCCCCAGCAGGGCCAAGAGAUUGGCCGGUUCGCCGACUCCUUGGCCCAUGCGAUCGCCCGCGAGACCGAACGCGAGCGGGGGAAAUAUCCGGCGAGGUAUGACCCACCCCAGCGAGACGAUCUCAUCUUGGCCGACGAGAUGGCCCAGAAGAUCCAGCCCCUGGCCUAUACAUGGUGCCAUAAUGCCUGCUGGGGAUUUGACUGGAAGGUGACCACCUCGCCAGAACCGUGUCGACAUGUCGAGAGUGAAGGCUUUGCCUGCGGAUGCCCGCUGCCCUACAGGGAAAGACUGGGAUCCGCAUUCCUGCGUCAAUACCACGACAACGAUUGUUUUAGAUUUUUCCAGGUCAAUGGGGAUGCCUUUUUCAAUCUGCAGGUGGUCAACGCCCUUUUGGUUCUGGGCGAAAUGGACCCUGUUCUACAACUCUGUGCCCAUCCAGCAAUCGAACUCGGGUGGGAUAAAGUCUUCGAGGUCACGUUGGAUUUCUACCUCCUGUUGAACCUUUUAUACGAUUUCCCCGAGCUGCGGGAGGGUAGUCAAACAGGAUUGGAUGACUAUCGCGACACGAAAAUGUACCAGAAAACCCUCUUCCUGUGGACGCAAAUGCACUCGCAGGCGGAAGUUCCGAGCCAGUUUCAUCGCCGGUUCUUCGGACUGGAGGACCAUCUCGAAGCGCCUUUCACAAUCGAGCGGCAUUUCCACCUGCCGACCAAAUACAAUCGACCACGAGCCAGUCUCCCCGUGCCGAAUGAACCCCUGCACGUGGGGAACCGGACGGUGCUGGAGGAGUACCUGGAUGAAUGUUUCCGGAUCAUGGUCCGUUGCAAUAUGCUGGCGCAGGAACUGGGGAUGGAGAUACAUUGGCCGUCGCGCGUGGUGCACGCCCUCGAUCGGCUCGUGUCGAGUCCCGCCGGCCAGCGACUUUUCGUGACCAGUCACUCUCGGACUAUCUUGACGGGUGAGAAUGGAGAGUUUCCUUGGAGUACACCCGAGUAA